AAUCGUAUUUCGUAAAGAAGAUAAUACUCAAUAGUCGUCUAUAAGCGUAUAUCCAUCUUUGGUAUUUGUGUGAAAUCAACCGGGAAAGGGGUCGCGGAGUUCAUCUGGGUCUCUCACUCCACAAACACCAUGGACUUGCUCUCGCUCUCAUCUCCUCUAACCCCUUCCUUGUCCUCUCUUCAACUUAAACUUAAACAUAAGACCUCUUUCACUUCUCCAAACCCAAAGCCUUCCUUUUUGUGCUUGACAACCACACCCACACCCGUUUCUUCAUCUGUCAAAGUCAAAACCACCCCCAAGUGCCUCCAACUGUCUGCCCCUCAGAGCCCCGCCACCGCCAUGCGAGGGGCAGAGACCGACGCUAUGGGCUUGCUGCUCAGGGAGCGCAUUGUUUUCCUUGGAAACAACAUCGAUGAUUUCGUGGCCGAUGCCAUUAUCAGUCAAUUGCUGCUUUUGGAUGCUCAGGACCCUAAUAAAGAUAUCAGGCUCUUCAUUAACUCCCCUGGUGGUUCCUUGAGUGCUACGAUGGCUAUCUAUGAUGUAGUACAGCUUGUUCGGGCCGAUGUUUCCACCGUUGCACUUGGCAUUGCAGCAUCAACAGCUUCUAUUAUCCUUGGUGGUGGCACCAAAGGCAAGCGCCUUGCAAUGCCCAACACUCGAAUAAUGAUUCAUCAACCUCUAGGAGGUGCUAGUGGACAAGCUAUAGAUGUAGAAAUCCAAGCACAGGAGAUUAUGCAUAACAAGAAUAAUGUGACAAGAAUAAUAUCUGGUUUUACUGGACGUUCGUUUGAACAAGUCCAGAAGGAUAUUGAUAGAGAUCGCUAUAUGUCUCCAAUUGAAGCAGUCGAAUACGGAAUAAUUGAUGGAGUUAUUGAUAGAGAUAGCAUCAUUCCGUUGGCCCCUGUGCCAGAAAGAGUGAAAGCAAGUCUAAACUAUGAGGAAAUUAGUAAAGAUCCAAGGAAAUUCUUGACCCCUGAUAUUCCAGAUGAUGAGAUAUACUAGAUUGGGACAUUUGAUGCAGGCAUAUGGUUUUGAUGGUCUUGCUUUUUGUGUUAGUUGCGUAGAACUUUGUAAUUGGCCUUUUCAAUUGCCACACAAAAAUGAAUUUGUUGAUUGCUGCAUUCAGAAUGUUGUCGAAUUAUAAUAGACUGUUGUUGCUUUUAUAAAUGAAUUGAAAAUCGUGAAAACGGUGGAAGCUUGAAACUUUCUAUUUAGUUCAUCUUGAGGUAUCUGGUUA